GAUACGGGAGAUUGCCUAAAAAACUAAUCCAAUUGAACAUGCGUUGAUAGGUGAAGUUGGUCGGUGAAGAAUACGAGCCCGAUAGCUAUAUCAUAUUUUCUCAAUAUGAGCAGGAUCGGGGGUCUAUUACGACGGACCUUUGGGGUGAUAAAAGAACAUGUGGGCACCGACCAUUUAGGAAAUAAAUACUACUGGCAGCCGGAGCAAAAGACUUGGACGGGGAGGAUUGUUCGGGCCAAGCGAAUGGUGGUGGCUGUUAACCCUACAGAGUUUGAGUACCUGGAAGGCAACAUACCCUCCGAGUGGGAUGCUUGGAUCCGAGGCAGACGGAAGCAGCCCCCUUCCAUUGAGGAGCUGGUGAAAAACCAGCACUACAGGGAGCACAUCAAAGGAAAGGCAAGGGAGGUGGAUGAGAGAGAGCUGGCUCUGCAGGCUAAGGAGUACGAGGAGGGCCUGGUGGCUCGGCCUACUCAGACCAUAGCCAAGGGCCACGCCGCCGCCACCAGCUUCGGCCAGCCAGAGACCAGCGAGGAGCCUGUCAGUACAGCCAACACAUUCCAGCCUGGCUCCUGGACACCCGCAGCCAAGAAAUAGCCACGCACACACGCUCACUGGGUCACGAUACCGCAAUACUGGAUUUUCCAUGGUAAAAAAUAAAAACAUGAAGCAAACUGAGCUCCAUAGUACUUUAAAAACCUGCUGCUGUGUGAAAAUAAACAAAUAUGACUCUCGGUAACAACAGAAGACUGUGUGUUUGCAAGAUUAGACUGUUAUUUCUGAGUAUCACGAUACUGGUACCUAACACACACUAUCGUACAUACAAGAAAACAUAUAUAUAUAUACAUAUAUAUAUACAUACACACACACACAGGCUAUAUACAGUGCUAUUCAUAGUUUGCCCACACACAUACAUACUGUGCAUAUGCACUCAUCAUACCUACAUCCAAGAAACUAGACAUGGGUAAACAAGUAUAGGCCCUCCCUAUGUGAGUAUUCACAGGCUUCCUUCCAUCAUUUCCACCUUGGAUCGGCGACCUGAAAAGACUGAACAAUUGAAAUCAGCAAGAUAGAGAAAGGAUGAUGGGAAGGAAGCACGAUCUGGCCAGCUUCAAUGGCCUUUUCUCAUUUGAGCAGAAGUCCGUCCUCCACCCUCUCUUCCGUGACCCAGAAUCUGAUAAGUGGCCGAGGAGAUGCCAAUUCGUUAGCAGGCGAACAAACGUGUCUUCCCCUCCUCGAUAGCCACCUUUCAUCGGGGAUAGUCAUUUGUAUCCUACCUGAGUUCUUCGCGGAAGAGUUUUGAAAUCUGCCACAUCCCUGUUUGAAUCAGCUUUUGUUUUGUCUGAGAAAAUCAUGCACACGUUUAAAAACAAUAUGCUACUUGUGGUUUUAUCUAUAAAAUGUCUUGCACAACUAACUAAUUUGUUUUUAUCACUUUGCACAUGCAUUUUGGGAUCUGUACUGGGUUGUAUUCAGUAGUGCACACCAUAAAACAUUUGGCAACGCAAACCGGUCACUCCGCUCUAAAACAUGACGUAAGUGGUUUAUUGAACAUGACCCUGGUUAUGAUGUAAACUAAUAAUAGGAGCUCUGCUCUUCAUUUGAAAAAACAUUUUAUUGCAUUGAAUCAGGGAAUGGCAUUCAUGGGGUGUGGAAGACAAUUUAUCUGAUCUCCCUGACGUACUGUAAACGCUUUGUAUAUAAAGUUCUGUUGUAGGUAAUCAAGGUAUAUUGUUUGAUGAUUUGUUGUGGAUUGUAAAUGAAACUACCAGGCUUGAGAGAACUGGGAUGUGAUGUAAGUGCUGGGAAGUAGGUGGUCCUGGUGUUUGCAAUGUUGUGAUGGUGGGUUCGAUUAUCCACAGCGACUAACAGUUAGUGCACUCGUCUUAAGGUAGCAAGGUGUGCAUGCACUACUCUAAGUUGAUUUUGAUAAAGUUUCUGCUAAAUGGCAUACAUAUUAAAUAUUUGUCUGCGUGACAAGGUGCAAUUUAUUUAACGGCGUUACGUAUUUGGUAUGUUAUAUAUAUACACAUCCCCAACACACGACACUACAAACCUUUUAACCAAUUUUGUUUUUUAAUUAAAUGAAGGAAAGGGUAUCACACAGCUCGCAAGAUAGUAUGAAAAUAAAAAAAAAUAAAAAAUAAUGCACUUAUUACUAAGUCGCUCUGGAUAAGAGCGUCUGCUAAAUGACAAAUGUAAGAUGGUUGAAAGACAUGUUGCAGGUCUCAGGAGAAGACAUCCUUUACAUGAAGUGUGUGUUACAUUGUCUCUUGAAAUGACAAGUCUGACAGGUUUAAUAUAAUGUGGCAAAAUAGAUGUUAAAAACACACUGAAUAAAACCCAUGUAUGAAAAUUG